GGGGCAGGAGGGGAGGAAACUUCCUCCUCUCUGAAAGCAUCACCUCCAAAGAGAUGAGGAAAGGCAGCACUUCUCUUCUGGUUAAUUUUAAUUUUUGCUUUUUUUUCUUUUUAACAUUCACUACUUUAAUAAGGAAGAACCUGGCUCCUGAGCAGGGCUGGUGAAACGCUGAUCCCGGCAGCCCCAUUAACAGGAAUGCCUGAGAUGGGGCAGGUGGAAGCCCAGCCGCUCUUGUGGCAGCGUCAGUCAGACUUGGAAGUGACCGAAGGGUCCCCAGGGCUGGUCCAUCCCACCCGGGGUCAUUCUCAGAGGCUGCCUGCUCGCUCCAAACCUUGGGCUAAUUGCAUGCAAAUCAAAUCACAGCUCCCAUGAAGUUUUCUAGAUAUGGAUGGCUGCCUGCAUCAUCCAUCACUGCCUGACUCAGGGCGUGUCCCUCUCGGGGGGUCAUCGAAGGUCAACAUUUGCCUUUUCCAGCCACUGCCAUCAGCUUUUCCCUGUUAAAGAUGGCACUUGGGGGAGCAGUAACUCCACUGAAGGCUCGCCCAUACCCCACCACCACUAACCCUGCUUGCAUUUUGGGGUGCAGUUUGGUAACAGCACCCAGGAGCCAAGUGUGUCAGGGUCUAUUAUUAGCUCUCUCUCAGGUACCCUGAUGGAUGGAGAUAUUAGCUGGCUUAUAGACCUAUUGAUUUCUCAGGGUUUGUUUUUUUUUUUCCUUUGUUUUGUGUUUGAGAGUGGCUUGAGGAGGAAAUCUAAUGCACGCCCACCUUUUGGCUCUGUACAGGAACUUUCCAAGAGAUGAAAAUCAAUUUGCAGCAGGCUGGAUCCUGCAAAUCACAGCAGCGGAGUGAGGAGGGGGGGUGAUUUGGGGGGGUGGGGGGUUGUUCCCUGCGGUGCACACAAGCACAUGUAGCAGCGAGGGGCUGGGGCAGAGUUGGGCAGGUCUUGUCUGGAAGCUGCCACCUCCUUCUGUCAAUUCAGGCCACGUGGCGAGUGGGUAAUUAGAUCUUGGCUGCAACCGCCUGGCACUUGGGCCCUAUCAGUUAGCCCUGCUCUGGGCAAGGCACAGAAGGAUGUGGGGACCAAUAAUGAAAUGUGGUUGUAUGAAGCAUCCACUGAGGGUGGGGGGGUGAUGGGGGUGAUGGGUGCACCCACUUCUUGGGUGCAAGUCUCUCACUUUUGCUGAAAUUGCAGGUUUUAGGCACAGGAUUGACCCUUGAUGGCGAUUUGGUUUACCCACCUUUGUAGCACUCACCUUUCCUGCCAGUCUCCCUAAAAAAGCAACUUAUUUAGCCCUGCCAUGGGGACAGAGGUGGCAUCAGCAGGGAUAGGGACACUGGGCAGUCCCCUUGGGCAGGGGGAUGAGCUGACAGUGGGUUUUUCUCCUUGUCCUCCCUCCCAGGGCCGCCGCCUUCUUUCUGUGGCCAUGCAGUGCUGCCUGUCCCAGCCGGUCGCCCCAGGGCCGGCGUGACUGUGACACCCUGCCUGUCCUUUUCCGGGUCCAACGCCUCCGUCACUGAACAGUUUGAUGGAGAAUCGGUCGGAUGACAGCGGGAACUGUUGUUAUCACUGGGGGAAUCCUAGCGACAGUGAUCCUACUGUGCAUCAUCGCCGUGCUCUGCUACUGUAGGCUACAGUACUAUUGCUGCAAGAAAGAUGACUCUGAUGAGGAAGAGGAGGAGGAGGAGGAGGAAGAGGAAGAGCCCAACCUGCCCACGCACUCGCACCUUGGCACGUGCAACGCCUGUAACUCCCGCAUGGUGGAUGGCCAGGGCAGCCCCACGUCCCCCUGCAGCGAGCUCAACCAGCAUGGGGCUCACAACUACUGCCCGACCUGCUCCCCCUACGGCUCCCCCUUUUACAUCCGGACUGCUGACAUGGUACGCAAUGGGGGUGAGAGGGUCACCUACACCCCCACAUGCUACAAGGAGAUGGGGCCGCCCAUCAACAUGGCCGCCCUGCAAAGCUACCCGGUGAGCCGCCACGGCCUCCUCCGCGAGAGCUUCCCGAACCCGCGGGCUAUCAGCACGGAGGUGUAGUCACCAUUGCCGCUAGCACAGGGUGCCCCCAGCCGGUGCCCGCUCGGGGGAAGAGGCUUUUUGUUUGUCUUGGGGGGGGUCCCGCAGAGAGGACCCCAUAAGCCCAGCCCGAGACCAGCACCAUCCUCCUGCUGAACCGCCCGGCACAACUAAGCUUCACAGGCGAGAAGAGGAGAGAGACCUCAACGGGUGACGUUAAACCGGCCACCUCCGAACCCAUCAUAAGUGUCAUUAUUGUUCUACUCUAUCUCCUGAAGGGACUUCUCUAACGAGGGCUAUGUACAGUACAACCUAAUUUAAUUACCCCAGGCUCCCCCGACUCCCUGAGCGAGGCCUUCGGUGUCCCCAUGCAGCCACCCAAGGGGAUUCCCGCUGCCUUUGGCACACGGAGUGACACGUGACCACCCACCCGCUGCUGCCCCCAGCACAACCUGCCGCUGGGCUGGGAACGACAGCGCUGCUCAGCAAUGGGAGAGCGAAGGAGGGAAGCUCUGGACCGUCCUGCUCCCCUCAUACUGUGUUAGUUGCCACUAGCAGUUAGCUUUUAUGUUCAAGUGUAAGAUAGGACACCGUCUCCCACCCGCUUCGGUCUCAGUAUGUGCUGAAGAAGUUCAAGACUUGAAUUUAGAUCACCGCCAGGGGAGGCAAAGUUGCUCAUAAAACCGCUCACCUACGCCGAAUGGGCACAGGCUGAGCCUUCUGUGGGUAAAGCCCCCACCUCUUCUACUCUCCACAAGCUUUCUUAAGAGGAUUUUAACUUGGACCCAUAAAAACGUCAAGAUUUUACUUACAGGAAGAGCCGCAUCCCUAAAUAACUACAGUUUUGUUCACCUUCAGCAUUCAAAGCCCUGCCCAGCCCACCCUGACAUUCCGGAGAGCCAGAGGAAGGUUGGCUUUAGGACAGCUUUUGCUUUUGACAGCAAUAGGACAGCAACCAGGUCACGUCUUUUUUUGCUUAGGACAGCAACCAGGUCAUGUCUCCUCCUUUGCCCACGACCUCCCAUGAGAGAGUGAUGUUCAGGUGAUCAGAGUCCCCCCUCUUUUGCUUUUGGAAGAGGGUGCAAGACCCAAACCUGGAUUCACCGGAUGUGCGGCUAAUAAUGCCAGCCAGUGACUCCACCUUUCUGCAAAAAUGAAUGUGGGAAAGUUCCUUCUUCCUCAAUAAAUCAAAUUAGGUGAAAAAUGACUAAAAGGACAUUUCCAUCACUCACAGGCACUUCCAUAGCAACCAGUGCAGGGCCGCUCGGCAGAGCGGUUCCCAUUCAUGGCAGGGAGGAGGGACCCAGACAGCAAGGAUCCCCGCGGCCAUGCGGAUGCUGCUGGAGGCGAUGGCAGGAAAUUUGCUGUGCCUUUGCAAUAUAGGGUACAACUGCUCAGAAAUGUGAGUGGUGGGGUUUUUUUUUCACCACCACAGUUUAGAAAUCAUCUGGCUGCUCACAGAAGGAUUUGGACUGAACCUCCCUGUUCAUGCUCAGAAAAAGUAGGUCUCAGCACAGAGGCAAAUGCUACAUGAGCCUCAAAUGUCUACGUUAUCUGGCAAAUGGAUCAUUUACACUUUGGACCUGCUCAUGCCUUGGCACCUCUGCUCAAACCACCCAAAGGAGAGAAGCCAGAUGAACCCCAAAUGGGGUGACAGUCCUUGUAACCAAACACCUUGCCCCAGCCUGCGUUUUACACAGCCUUUUGAGCAAACAUUACGCACCAUCUCCCCCACCUCCAGCCCAGGAAAACAUUGUAUUUCCAUUAUCCUGAAACUCAGCCGAGCUACAUCUUUUAGAGUCUCCUUCCAUUCUCCAAAUAGUGAUAGUGGGUUUUAAAUGUCCUCUCACAUUAAGGGCAGGCAGGAGGGAAGACAGAAGUUAGCAGCAGAGCUCUCUGGAUUCUGCUGGAUGGUAGUCUGUAGCUCCUACUUCAUCCCAUCCAGCCAGUACUCCUCCCUGAAAAUACAGUCUGUAACUGGAAAAAAGUCUUGGCUAUGUCAGUAAAUCCCAUCUUUUCCCACUAUGCUCAGCUACAUCUCCAUCCUGCUGGGAGCCAGAAGGCAGUACGUCCCAGCAGCACGACAUGCGGGCAGUCACGGCCCAGGUCUGCCAGAGGGCCCUGCAGUGCCGCCCCACGAAGCGCGCAGAGCGAGCCUGCCAGCCCAGUGGCUCCCGGCACCCAAUUCUACCUCUUGGCACACAGCAAGGCUUCCCACCCCAUCGGCAGCACGGGCUGGGCCAUGACUUCCAAAGGGUGGAAAUAAUGCUGGGGGCUUGGGCUUUGGCGCGUCACCCUUAUGCUGGAAGCACCCACAUAGUCAUCUUCGUCACACACAAAUUAAGCGUGACCUGUCACCUGCUAACAAGGUGCCAAGGCUGGGAGGCAGUUCUAGAGUAGCUGGAAGGCCAGGACGAGGGUUUUCCUCAUGGCCAACACAACGCCUGUGUCUGGCACGGCUACAGAGAAAUGGGCAAGUCUAAAAGGGCUGGAAACACAGGAGAUGCAACUGUGGGUUAGGUUUUGAGGAUGGUGGAAGAACAGGACAGGGUAGGGGCAGGGAUCCCAGAUUUUUUUCCACUUCAGAUUCCUCCUGUUGUUAUUCUCUGUCUUCAUUGCUCACCUAUGGGUCCAAAUUCAAUGUCAGAAAUAAAUAAGGACUUUGAAAUACAAAACAGGAGUGGUUUUUGUUCU